AUGCAUCUUUUGAACAUCCAACGAUUCAUUUCCUUCACGGCUGCAUCUCCAUCACAGUCACAGUCACAGCCACAGCCACAUCUUCUCGCCAUCGAAUCUCUUUGGGCUUGUCUUUGUGUGCUUUACAGAAGCACCACAACAAACCGUCGCACAACGCGUAACUCCGCUGCUGCAGCCGAUAUCCAUACUAUCGGCCCAACCCCAAAUCACCAGUGGCCUUAUCCUAGUCAAUUGACCCGCAUUCCUCCACCCGUCACCGCCCAACCCGUUUAG